CAACAAUGGCUUCCAAAGCUUUGCUCCUCCUUCUCAUCUGCUUCUUCUCUUUCUCAUCUUCCAUUUCAGGAGAAUUCGUAAAGGUUUCAGUCAAAGGAGUGACCACCAUUGCUGAAACUGAUGAUAAUUUCAUCUGUGCCACUUUGGAUUGGUGGCCUGCAAACAAAUGCGAUUACGGCCAAUGCCCGUGGGGAAACGCCGGCAUUCUCAAUUUGGAUCUUCCAAAUGUUAUCUUGUACAACGCAAUCAAGGCGUUCAAUCCUCUGAGAAUCAGAAUUGGAGGGUCACUGCAAGAUCAAAUAAUCUACAGAGUUGGGAACUCGGUGAAGAAUUGUCCCCAAAUGAGAAAACAGAAAGACGGUCUGUUUGGAUUCAGCAAAGGGUGCUUCCCCAUGGAAAGAUGGGAUGCUCUUAACGAUCUGUUCAACAAAACAUCUGCUCGAAUUACGUUUGGUUUGAAUGCUCUGAUGGGAAAGAAACCAGCCAACGACGGUUCUAUCAACUGGGUUGGCGAUUGGGAUCCUCGAAAUGCUCGAGAUUUCAUCAAGUACACUGCCUCCAAGGGAUACAAAAUCGAUUCUUAUGAAUUGGGCAAUGAGCUGUGUGCAGGAGGAGUUUCUGCAAGGCUCGAGCCUGACCAAUAUGGGAAAGAUCUCAGUCUCAUGAGACAAGUAGUGGAACAGAUUUAUCCUGAUCCCAAAAACCGACCCAAAAUUCUGGGCCCUGCUGGUUUCUUCGACAAGGAAUGGUUCAAAACCUUCCUCCAAAACACAGACCCAAAUGUUGUCGAUGGUGUCACCCACCAUAUUUACAAUCUUGGUGCAGGUGUUGAUCCUGAUCUUAUAAACAAGAUUCAAGACCCUUAUUUUCUGGACCAAAUUGCCCAAACUUUCAAGGAGGCUGCAGCCGUCUCCCAGAGCUUUGCUCCAUGGUCCAAGCCUUGGGUGGGUGAAUCUGGUGGAGCUUAUAACAGCGGUGGCAGAACAGUUUCUCACACCUUCGUCAAUGCCUUCUGGUAUUUGGAUCAAUUGGGGAUGACCGCCACAUACAACCAUCACGCUUACUGCAGACAAGCCUUGAUCGGUGGAAACUACGCCUUGCUCAACACCACCACUUUCAUCCCCAACCCGGAUUAUUAUGGCGCACUUCUGUGGCACAGAUUAAUGGGGAAGAAGGUUCUCUCGGUUUCCCACGAUGGCUCUCCAUAUCUUCGUGUGUAUUCUCACUGCAGCAAGAACAGAAGCGGCAUCACUGUGCUUCUAAUCAACAUGUCGAACUCCACAACUUUUGAUGUGAAUAUUGUGAACGACAGAAAGCUGUAUCCGAGCUGUAAUGGCGGAAGGCUUAAGGCGAGAGAAGAGUACCAUUUGAGCCCCAAAGACGGCGAUAUUCAGAGCGAUGUCGUGCUCUUGAACGGUACUCCUCUCCGGCUCACGCCGACUUUGGACAUUCCCGACAUGUCGCCCAAGCUCGUGGACCCCACUUCCGAUGUGUCGGUUUCGCCGGAUUCUUACGUCUUCGUCACCAUCAAAGACUUCAGAGCUUCUGCUUGCGCCUAAAUUGGCUACUCUGAUUUUCUCUUUUUUCUUUUUAAUUUUAGGUUUUAGGAUUUAGUUUUGCAUUUCCAAGUAGGGGUUGUGAUUUGUGAUGUCAAU